CGAGGGCUGCAGUCGCCUCCUCCCUGGCGCUGCCGUCGCGGCCUAGAGGUUAUAAAAGGGCUAACUGGCUCCCUCUGCUGCCCAGUUGCGCCGCCAGCGGCUGAGGGCAAGGAGGAGGUAACUCGCCCAAGCGCAGGCGACACGGGGCUGAGGAGCGCACCGCUCUCUGGUCCCGCUUUCCAGGUGUGUGGACCUGUAAAAGUAAGUCUUCCAAGAUGAUCUGGUGUAUUUUAAUUGUAGGGAUUCUACUUCCCCAGAAUUUGGCCCAUCCCGGCUUUUUUACAUCAAUUGGUCAAAUGACUGAUUUGAUUCAUACUGAGAAAGAUCUGGUGACUUCUCUGAAAGACUAUAUUAAGGCAGAAGAGGACAAGUUAGAACAAAUUAAAAAAUGGGCAGAAAAGUUAGAUCGACUAACCAGCACAGCAACAAAAGAUCCAGAAGGAUUUGUUGGGCAUCCUGUAAAUGCAUUCAAGUUAAUGAAACGUUUGAAUACUGAGUGGAGUGAGUUGGAGAAUCUGGUCCUGAAGGAUAUGUCAGAUGGCUUUAUUUCUAACCUAACCAUUCAGAGACAGUACUUCCCUAAUGAUGAAGAUCAGGUUGGAGCAGCCAAGGCUCUGUUGCGUCUCCAGGACACCUACAAUUUGGAUACAGAUACCAUCUCAAAGGGGGAUCUUCCAGGAGUAAAACACAAAUCUUUUCUAACAGCUGAUGACUGCUUUGAGUUGGGCAAAGUGGCCUAUACAGAAGCAGAUUAUUACCAUACAGAACUCUGGAUGGAACAAGCACUAAGGCAACUGGAUGAAGGCGAGGUUUCUACCAUAGAUAAAGUCUCUGUUCUGGAUUAUUUGAGCUAUGCCGUGUACCAGCAGGGAGAUCUGGAUAAGGCACUUUUGCUCACAAAGAAGCUUCUUGAGCUAGAUCCUGAACAUCAGAGAGCUAAUGGCAACUUAAAAUAUUUUGAAUAUAUAAUGGCUAAAGAAAAAGAUACCAAUAAAUCUGCUUCAGAUGACCAAUCUGAUCAGAAAACCACACCGAAGAAAAAAGGGGUUGCUGUGGAUUACCUGCCAGAGAGACAGAAGUAUGAAAUGCUGUGCCGUGGGGAGGGUAUCAAAAUGACUCCUCGGAGACAAAAAAAACUCUUUUGCCGUUACCACGAUGGAAACCGGAAUCCUAAAUUUAUCCUGGCUCCAGCCAAACAGGAGGAUGAGUGGGAUAAACCUCGUAUUAUUCGCUUCCAUGAUAUUAUUUCUGAUGCAGAAAUUGAAAUUGUCAAAGAUCUAGCAAAACCCAGGCUGAGGCGAGCCACCAUUUCAAACCCAAUAACAGGAGACUUGGAGACGGUACAUUACAGAAUUAGCAAAAGUGCCUGGCUCUCUGGCUAUGAAAAUCCUGUGGUGUCUCGAAUAAAUAUGAGAAUACAAGAUCUAACAGGAUUAGAUGUUUCCACAGCAGAGGAAUUGCAGGUAGCAAAUUAUGGAGUUGGAGGACAGUAUGAACCCCAUUUUGAUUUUGCACGGAAAGAUGAGCCAGAUGCUUUCAAAGAGCUGGGAACAGGAAAUAGAAUUGCUACAUGGCUAUUUUAUAUGAGUGAUGUGUCUGCAGGAGGAGCCACUGUUUUUCCUGAAGUAGGAGCCAGUGUUUGGCCUAAAAAAGGAACUGCUGUUUUCUGGUAUAACCUAUUUGCCAGUGGAGAAGGAGAUUAUAGCACGCGGCACGCAGCCUGCCCAGUGUUAGUUGGAAACAAAUGGGUAUCCAAUAAAUGGCUCCAUGAACGUGGACAAGAAUUUCGAAGACCAUGCACAUUGUCGGAAUUAGAAUGACAACAGACUUCCCCUCCUCUCCUGUUGUUUGUACUCUAAUGUGUCUGAUACACACAUUUCCUAGUCUUAACUUUCAAGAGUUUACAAUUGACUAACACUCCAUGAUUGAUUCAGUCCUGAAUCUCAUCCUGUUUCAUCUGUGGACGAUCACCUACUUUGUGGGGUUUUUCCUCUCAAAAGUAACACUAAAUCACCACAUUGUAUAUAUAAAACCUUAAAGUUCAGUUGGUAUCACGGAAGAUAAAGCAGAGUUAAAAAUGAGGAAUUUUAAAUUUUAUGUUGUAUUUUAAAGAACUUUUUGGUUAGAUUUGAAAAUAUAAUUUAAACCUCUAAUUUCACUACAUCUCAUUUGGUGAGUGGUAGGAUAGGAUGGGCCAUGUGAUUAGAAAGCAGAUAACUUACAGUAUGUGUCUAGGUGUUAUUUUUACCCAGUCUUACUGAUUAUUUUCUGGAUCUACCUGAAGACUGGUAAUAACUAGGACUCUAACCUGGUUCCAUAUGAUGUCUACCCCUCCAUAAGCUAUUCUAAGUUGAUCUUCCCCCCCCCAAUUCCUUUCUAAAGAAGGUAUAUUAUACCAUGUUUCACCAGUCCCCCAGUACUCUCAUUGCUCCACUUUUGUGAAUUAAACAUGUUUGAGUUAAAAUAACUUUGUUUAAAAAUUUUAUUUAACAAUUUUUAUUUUUAAACAAAGUUCUGCAUAACAAUACUCUGCCUUAAUUAAAAUGCUCAUCAUCUAGUUUGUUUUUUUUCCUUUUCUUAAAUGACUGAUGAUUUUGGCCAGAAAUUUUGCCUUUUUUUUUUAGUACUAAUACCUUGCCUCUUAUUCCUGCUCCAGCAGGAGAGUGAUAUUGGUAUUCUGAUUAAGUAUUGUGCCUUAGGAGACUGGAAGUUUAAAAACUGUACAAGUCCUUUUCAAUAAUGAAGGAAUUGGUUUUUUAAAAAGUAAUCUUUUUUCUUAAAAAGCCAAAAUGUGUUUUUAAAAUUCUGAAAUGUGUUGUGACAAUGACCUAUUUAUGAUCUUAAAUCAUUUUUAAAAAA